AUGGAAGAUGAGUCUAAUAUUGCUAUCUAUAGAAUGCAACUUGCUCAGGGAUUCGUCAUCGCCACCCUGGCUGUUGGAGCCAUAGCCCAGAUCAACUGCAGAGGAAGCGCAGCAUGUGUCAGGACGUCUCAGCAGAAUUCUCAAAAUAUUCUUAACGCUGUUCAGGGCAUCGACACCGGUCGCACGUACCAGAACGGCGAGCGAAUUGCUUGUGCGGGUAAUAUCUGUGCUUUCCUCGAGAAUACUGGUGGCAUCACCGGAGACCUCAUCCAGGAGCUUGUUCAGGACCUUGUCAAUACCGGCUGCGCGGCUGCAUCCUACCUUAUACAGGCACCUAUUGGAAUAAACCGCAUACUCGGCGAGGGCUUGCAAAUACUCAACAAGAAUUUGAACAACAACGCCAAAAAGGUUGACCAGUCGCGAAAGUGCGGUCGCAAUAAGGGUACCGUCAAGCUCAACACCAAGGUCGAUCCCAAGGGUGGUAACCAAGGCAGUGUUGAAAAUGAUGCCAUGGUUGUCAACGAAAACGACGGCGAAAACGAUCGUGAAGACGAUAGUGAAGACGAUAGCGAGGACGACAACAUGGGCAUCCAUCCUUUUUCAGAAUGGAUCACUCCAACUCUGAGAGUAUGA